GUGACUGAAUCAGAAAGUACAUCGCCUGAAAACUAUAAAAUAAAAUCAUGGAUUAAAUGUUUAGUGUAACGUACAGUGCAGCUUGACGGGCAUCCGAAUCUGAUGCUAGCGAGCAGCCAAUGCGAAAGUAAAUGGGUUUCGCUUCCAAUAAACACGAUUUUCCUCCGGCGACUAGUUUCGAUCAUCAUCCUGUUUGCCUGUGUCACGGGACAUACGAUAACUCACCGAUCGCCGUUUUGGAGCAACGGAACAUUCAAUCGCAGCCGGGGUAAAAUAGAUGCUGGCACUAAUGAGCACUGCAAAGCCCGCAUUUUUGGAGAUUGACAAUGAUAAGUUCAAGACCAUCAUGAAGAUAUCAAGCGAAGAUACUGUCGAGGAAAGUAAGGAUCGAUCUGGAAAAGAUGAGGAUGCCUCGAAAACACUGCAACUUCUUCGUAUCAAAGAAUUCCCACGAUUAUUACCUGAAGGGAUCCAGGCGUUGGUUAAUUAUUGCCAGUAUCUACGAGAAUUAUGUUUGUCGUAUUCUUUACUCAGCGACGAAUUACUGUUAGCUUUAAGCUCCGAGAAACAGAUGCAACUGGAGACCUUACGAUUGGAAGUGCAUCAAGAGAUAAAACCACUUCCGCGAGUCAGCGAUACAGCUUGGUGUACAUUUUCGAGUCAUCUUCCGAACAUAAAUCUUGUGCUAUUGUCGUACAUGACAAACGAAGACGAUCAGAGUCUAUUUCUGACGCCAUACGUUCCUACAACACACUUAUACUUCGGGGAAGCACCAUCGGAAGCAACAUUGCUACGCAUUAGCUGCGUAUGUCCUCGGUUGAUCGAGAUAGUAAUUGCUGCAUAUGGACCAGAUACACUUGAUCGUUCGCUGCUUUCUAUCGCCCAAGGUUGUCCACGCCUAAGUGCUGUUGGUUUGGGCGAUUGUGAAAUCAGUUGCUCAGGAUUGUUGGAAUUCGUAGCACUGUGUGCAAAACGUUUACAAAUACUGUAUGUUUGGGAAACAUCACUGAUAGAAGAUUCCGAGCUGGACGUAACGAAAGUAUCAAAAAAGAUUUCAGUACUACUUGGUCGUACAUGGGUACCUGAAUACAUUCCCUUGUGCUGAAGCUGAAAGUUUUACCAGUGCCUCGAAUCAAUUUGUACGAUGCACUAAUGGCUGACAAUAGCGUGCGCAUAUAUCAGAAAUGUGCGUAAGUGAUAUUUAGAUUGUAUGGAUAUGCGUUUUCUAUUUUUUACAUGAACAGAUUACACACAAAAAAAAAGUAUGAUUUUGAAUCGUAGCAUAGAAAUCGUAUACUUGCAAGUUUCAUAAUAUUUAUAUUCAUCGAACUAUUCUUUAAAAAUAAGAAUCACUUUGAAACUAAGGAUU